AUGCAUCCAACCCACAAUUAUCGACACUCUCGCCGGUCCGCUUGUGAUCGUUGUCGGGGUCAAAAGCUGCGAUGCGAGCGCGAUCAUAUGAAUGGCAUGUCUUGUGAGCGUUGCAUCAAGGCUCAGGAAGUAUGUAUCACAAGUAUGAACCAGCCUCCACCGGCUGUCUUGCCUUCAAACCAUGGGCACAGUCAAGUUGCCCGAGACGAUUGUGAGAGCCAAAGAUUUAAUCAAGGGCAUGAAUCAAUGUCUAUUCUUCAUAAAUCAUCUGCUACAAGAGUGAAGAAGACGCCAAACUCUCCAAAUACAUUCCAAGGGAGGCAAAAUAUGAAAGAGCACCACUACUGGGGAGGAGUAGCGCCAACGCCAGUCUUUCCUGAAGGCAACUUCCUUUUGUCCUCGGGGGACAUUGGGUUAAACAUGCCCAUGGAGUUUGGAAACAUCACGUCUCCUAUUGAGCAAUGGGGUCAUCAUCAAACAAACUGGUCAUUCGACGGUUAUAACUCGCUUUCUGAUUGGAUGCCAUCAGAUCAACUGUAUCCUUACGAGGCAAACACUUGCUUUCCCUCUCCUUUCACCAGUAAUGCUCCACCAGGCCCCAGGCAAGCCACCGAGAUGGAAAUCCCCCAGUUUUUUCAAGCUAAAAAUUUCAUCUACGGCGAGAACGAAUCUCUCUUUCCAACAAAUGACAUUCCGGAUCCUGGAUGGAUAAAUCAUCCAACCCUUUCAACCACAAGUAAACUUUCGUCAAUUACAACAAACCGCAAAACCCUUCACUCUACGCAAGCUAUUUGCAAGAGUCUUUUGGGGUUGAAGAUGGGCCUCCUUGAAGAUUUGGAGCUGUUCGAGACUGGGUCAAUGCUCCUUGAAUCUUCAUCCCUCUUCUACGAAAAUUCCAAUUUGUCAAUUGAAACACUCGACCUUCCAAUAUUUCGCUUGCUUGACCACUCUUCUUGGCUCUUGGCAAUUGUUCGCUCUUCGUGUGGUACAGUGGAAGAGAGUUUGGAUGAUGCAUUUGGCGCACCACGAUUUCAACCAGACAGCAGCGGAUAUGAAGACCCUUGUUCUUUUCUUGCAGAAGGUAAUGAAAAGGCUUUGGAUGAGGAUAUCACAACAGCGUCCCCGCAUGAUUCCGGUUAUCAUACCGCGACGACAUCGCCGGAUCCAACUAUGCCUCCCACAAUCCCAAAGUGCGAUAUAGCACUAUGGCUGGGCAUGCUGGAGGCACAUUGCUUACUAGUUCGCAUCUAUCGUGCUGUUUUCAUGCGCUUGUAUCAGUUGUUUCUCAUUAUUCCUCCAGUCGAUGCAGCCACAAUUCUGUUGUUACCAAAAGUACGGUUCGAGCACUUUUGUUUGGAUGGAAACCUCAUUACCCAAGUUCAAUCAUUGGUUGAUUUUAGCUCAGCAAUGAUGGGGAAGCUUGAUCGGGUCUUUAAAUUGCGGCCAUGUCCAACUCAACUGGAAAAGAAUCGAGGGUUUGAUCUGACCGAACCAGUCCGUCAGAAGGAUUGGUCAACCUCGAUACGUGACAUUGUCCUCGCACAGCAAGAAGAUCCGUGUGAAAUGUCUUUGAUGGAAUUAAUGGAGCGUUUGCGGCAGCUUGUCAAAGAUCCCCUCAAUAUCUAA